GAGGCAACCAAAAGCGCAACUCCCCGCACCAACAAAUGCAAGCGAGUCUAUGCCACUACAGUUACCGUACUCAGCCUCGCCAUUGUGCAUAAAACUGAAAAUUCGAGGCCUCCCCCAGAUGACUCAGAAUCAAAGAAAUUGACCCUCCCAACCUUAUCGAGACUCCAUAUAGAUGCGAGGAAGUGAAUGAAGGUCUUUCAAACUCAAUUACUUAGAUCUGCGAGAUCGUCACGACUUUCACGACUUCCACAACUUUUAAGAAUUCCCAAUUCCCGUUCGGCUUGGGCCCCAGCAACCGCCCUCUCAAAAGCAGAAAGAAAACGAUACUACGAAGAACUAAACAUGGCUAAAGGACCAAAGUUCGAGUUGAAGACUCCCAAGGGGACGAAGGACUGGCAAGGGAAGGACAUGGUCAUUCGGGACAAAAUCUUUUCGACUAUUACAGAAGCCUUCAAACGCCAUGGAGCAGUCACUAUUGAUACUCCGGUUUUCGAGUUAAAGGAUAUUCUUGCGGGAAAAUAUGGCGAAGACAGCAAACUCAUCUACGACUUGGCUGACCAAGGUGGUGAGAUUUGCUCACUCAGAUAUGAUCUAACAGUACCGUUCGCAAGAUGGUUGGCCAUGAAUGGAAGCGUUCAAAGUAUCAAGAGAUAUCACAUUGCAAAAGUUUACAGACGAGAUCAGCCAGCAAUGACCAAAGGCCGUAUGAGAGAAUUCUACCAAUGCGAUUUUGAUAUUGCAGGUGUUUAUGAUCCUAUGUUGCCCGAUGCUGAGAUUAUCAGGGUUGCAACUGAAGUCUUUGAAGGCCUUGGCUGGAAGGGUCGAUAUACCAUCAAACUUAACCACAGAAAAAUAUUAGACGGAAUCUUCGAAGUUUGCGGAGUUCCAGAGGACAAGAUUCGCACAAUCUCCUCAGCAGUUGACAAGCUCGACAAACUCCCAUGGGAAGAUGUGCGCAAGGAGAUGACAGAAGAAAAGGGUUUGGCAGAAGAUGUUGCAGACAGAAUUGGAGAGUAUGUCGUACAGAAAGGCCAAAAAGACCUCCUCAGCAAAUUACAAGCUGAUGAGAAGUUGAUGGCCAAUGCUUCUAUGAAGGCCGGCUUGGAAGAUAUGGAUCUCCUGUUUGGUUAUCUCGAGGCAUUCAAAUGUUUAGAGAAUGUUUCAUUCGAUUUGAGUUUAGCAAGAGGACUCGAUUACUACACAGGAAUCAUUUAUGAGGUUGUUACAGAAGGGUCUGCACCUCUUGUGAGCACGUCUGCUGCCACUGCUGCCCCGCCAAAAUCUUCGAAGAAACCAAAGAAAGUGGCCGAUGCUGACGAGGACCGCUCAUCAGACCCUAGCGUCGGUGUCGGAAGUGUCGCAGCUGGUGGACGUUAUGAUAAUCUUGUUGGUAUGUUUGCUGGAAAAGGAAAGCAAAUUCCUUGUGUUGGUAUUUCGUUUGGUGUAGAUAGAAUUUUCUCUAUAACGAAGGCUAGAAUGGAGGAAGAGCAAACAGCAGAGCAAGUGCGUAACAACGAUGUAGACUGCUUUGUUAUGGCAUUUGGAGGAAAGGGCUUCACAGGGCUUCUGAAAGAACGAAUGUCAAUCUGCUCCACUCUUUGGGAGGCUGGUAUCAAGGCGGAGUUCUUAUACAAGGUCAAGCCAAAGUUGCCAAAUCAGUUUAAGGCUGCCGAAGUUAAUGGGGUACCUUUCAGCGUCAUCCUAGGCGAGGAUGAAAUUGCUCAAGGCAAAGUUAAGAUUAAGGAGAAUGGUCUAAGGGAUGGCCACCCGGAGAAGGACGGCGUUAUGGUCAAUCUUGACGCACUAGUCUCCGAGGUCAAGCAACGAUUGAAGAGAAAGGCUGACAUCGAUAACAUGACACGAAAAGCUGAUGGUCUGAGGGUUGUAGGAGGCAUUAAAGAUGAUAAAGCUAAGAUUGAGGCAAUCCCUGCAGAAGCACCUACCUCUGAGGCAUCAGCAUCAAAUCCUACAGACUCUGCACCAUCAGCAGAGGGUGUCGAGCCUGCCUCAGAGACGGAGAAGCCUGCAGAAGAAAGUCCGUUAUCUCAAGAGGCUAUAGGAGCUGUCCCUGCUUCUUAAAGAAGAAAUCAAAAUUCUUUGCAACAAUUUACAUGUACAUAUUUGCAGCGCAAAAGCAUAGGGUGUGUGAGACACAAUGCACUAAUGACUUACUCAUGAGAUCAUGAUUUCAUCUAAUAUAUCCAUUCUCUGUUAUCCGCUGGGAUGAUUCGAGGCAUCUAUGGCCAUGAUCAUUCAAGAUCCGUAGGAUUCAACGGUAGUUCUCUAGCGACUUGAGAUAUCACAUAUUAGAUGGUUGUUCGGAUAUUCCGAAACGACGUCGGUGUUUGAAAUUUCAAGAGCGGGUGACUUAUGGACGAAAAGAAUGGCUAGUAGAUUGAAAUCGAGCUAGAACAACAAGUAUUAGAUGAAAGUAUAUCAGAUCACACCUUUCUAACAUUCCAACCAGCCUUGUAAUCAAAAAUAAUGGAAAAUGGCGCAGCCAAGUCUGAUGACUUUUCGUAAGUGAAGUCUGUGCCAUUCAGGGGUCAGGCACAAGAUCCACAACAUAUUGCAAAUACAUCAAUGCGUUUGGUUUCGAAACGAAUUUUCAACCACACCUCACUCCCUCA